UGGAGGGAUGGAAUCUAGCCGCUACCAUGGCAGUAUAAUAUAGUUAGGCGGGUGAGCGUUAAUACAUAGAAAAGGUAAAAGCGGAGGCUGCAAAGGGAAACAGUCUGACUGGCGUUUGGAGAAUUAACGUGUCGACCCGCAUGAUUUAACAUCUGAAAAUACUAUGGGUUCAAAUCGUGUGACUGCAAAAGAGCUUUGUGAGAAUGAUGACCUGGCAACCAGCUUGGUUCUUGACCCAUGUCUAGGAUUCAGGACGCACAAAAUGAAUAUUACUUCUUUGCCAUCUAUAAGAAGGCAACAUCACUUGCGAGAGGCACUACAAACAUUCCGUAAGAAAAGAGACCUAGAAGCUGCAUAUCAGACACUAAUGACGGGGACCUGGGCUCAGCAAUAUUUACGCAACCGCACAAAGCAGCAAGAAAGCACCUUUAAGACCCAUAUAUUUCGGUAUUUGCGGGCAUUUCUGCCAGAAAGUGGGUUCAUGAUUCUUUCUUGCAGUCGGUACUCCCUGGAAAAAAAUGGAGCUAAAGUUGUGUCAACAAGGACCUGGACCAAGAAUGAAAAAAUUGAGUUUCUUGUGGGCUGUAUAGCUGAACUAACUAAAGCGGAUGAGUGUCUCCUUCGUUUUGGUGACAAUGACUUUAGCGUCAUGUACUCUACUCGAAAACGGUGUGCACAGCUAUGGCUAGGUCCUGCUGCUUUCAUCAAUCAUGAUUGUCGGCCUAACUGCAAGUUUGUUCCAUCUGAUGGGAAUGCUGCAUGUGUGAAAGUACUCAGGGAUAUAAAACCAGAAGAGGAGAUCACAUGCUUUUAUGGAGACAGUUUUUUUGGCGAGAAAAAUGAGCUAUGCGAGUGCUGUACAUGUGAAAGGAAAGGAGAAGGAGCCUUUAAAUUGAAAAAUAAAGAACAGACUGAACCUACCUCACUAGAGAAAUACCAGCUCAGAGAGACUGAUGGCCGAUUGCAGAGGCUAAUAGAGAAAAGUUGCAAUCUAACCAAUCAAAAUGCUGCUCAGCGAAGGAAACCUCUACAAGGUAAACAUUACAGGUUAUCACCCAACUUUAAAAAGAAGCCUGCAAAAUGCCGUAAGCCAACUGGAAGAUUCAAGUCACCUACUACAUAUAAAAACUUUUAUUUUAAUAUAAAUCCUCAUGAUUUUAAUAACAUUAACCCAUCACUGAAGUUUGCAAUGCCGGAAGGGACCAUUCUGAGGGAUGUGCGCAUUGUCCUUCAUAAUUACAAAAAGUGUAGUGAAAGUUCAUCUCUCCAUAAGACACACAACAAUCAAUGCUGUAAGCUGAGGAAAGAGCCUUUUGUAUUAUUGCUUCGGCAGGAUCUUACUCAUGAUAAGCCAGUGUUUCAACUGAAUGAAAACUCUGACACAACAACCAAAGACUCACGGUUGUCAACCAUGCAGCUCUCGGAAACUAAUCUUUCAAAAGAAACGAAUGCCAAAGAAAAGGCUUUUUAUGCACAUUUAGAGCAUGGCGGUAUGGAAGAGGCCAUUAUUCCAGAAUAUUGUGAAGAUGUUACCACCAGCCAUUUAACUGCUGAUGUAUCCCAAACAUCAUGUAGUGCUUUUGAUAGUUAUAUUUCUGAACCUGGUGUUGACUGCAAUGAACAAGAUUAUGAGCCAUUGCCCCAAAAUCAGGGGGUCAUGGUUAAUAUCAUAGAGAAAAACCUUCCACCUAAUAACUCUUCAACAAAUUCGAGUCAACAUAAUUCAAGUUUACAGCCAACAUCUGAUGUGUAUUCAUUAAGACGGCUUGGAUUGACCCAUUAUGUUACCAUUGACUUAAGUAAAUGUUUAGUGCUUGAGUCGCAGUCAAAUAGCUAUAGUAGUUCAUUGGGUACAAAGAAAUAUCAUAACCAAUUUAACAGUGGAUUAAAAUGUGAUGAAAUACCACGUGACAAAGCAAACACCAGCUUACCCGAUGCAGCAGAGAGCAACACUACAUCUCAAACAACUGAGACUAAAAAACAACAUACUUUAAAAAGAUCUUGUGUAAACAAAGUAUUUUCCUUAAGACCAAGAAAAGCUAUAUUAAAGAAAUGUCAUAAUGGUAAAACUAGGGGAACAUUAAACCAUAAAAAUAAUCUCCAUCGGACCUUGAGGCAAAAAAGGGUCAAUUUAUGUAGACCUAAAUUGUCUGUGGUUCAGACUCCUAGAACUGAAUUGCCUAUUUCUGGCUUGACCAUGCACAAUUCUGAUGUUGAAUUUAUGUUAGAUCCAAAGCUGUCUUUAAAGCCAUAUGUAGAAAUGAACUUGAACAACAGUCUAAAAAGAAAACCAUUUGUUAUUGGAGGAUAUGCCAGCUCAGAGCAACUAGACAAGGAAUGGUUCAACCCUUUGACCCUCUCAAAAAGCACACAAGAGUCAAAAAUGAAGGAAGAUGACCAAAAGAGAAAACUGGCAUUCAACAGAUUUACACCCUCAAAGAGACUGCGUCUUGUGGUGACUCAUGGCUCAAUAAAUAUAGAUCUUGCAUCUACAUCCAGUGAGGAAUUCAGUUGAAUGCACAAUUGUAUUUAGAAAGCUACUAAAUUCUGUGAUACUUAAACUAUUAUAAACUGUGAUGGUUGAACAAGGUUUCAUUGUCCUACCCUUUUUUUAUGGGUGCUAUGGUCAUUCUGUUUCUCAACUUUUAAUAUACUGUGUCUGUUAUGGAUUGAAUUACCCAAUUGCAUUAGAAUAGCUCUCUUUUGAGGAUUUACAUACCAGUUUGCCUUUUAUCUCCAAAGUUGUAGGAGAAAACCUCUUAUUCUCUCGUCUGCUGUAAUGACUGCUGCACUUAUUGUUGAAGGAAAUUAUUUCCUAUAUUUAAACAUCCACUCAUGUUUAUCUUCUCUUACUAACUUAUUAUGGUGCUAUGUUAACUAACUAAAAAGGAAUAUCCUUUUAAGAAUCUUAAACACUUGACAUUGUACACUUCGGUGGAUUUGAUGCAUCAUCUUGUACCAAAAGGCACAUGAAGGAUUAAAAUAAUUUACAGUGAAGAUUUCCCUGAACAUGUUUCCUCAAUACAACAUAAAGCCUUAAUUAAGCA